UCUCACUUAUAUCAGAUUAUUUACUUGUUCAAUCCUAUUCUUAAAGGCAUUCGAACGUGAACCCCUCAAGAAGGAAAAAGCGACGUCCCCGGGUCGGUGGCGUAGUGGUUAUCGCAGACGAUUGCAGAUCGUAAGGUGCCCAGUUCGAUUCUGGGUCGACCCUAACAUGUGUCUGUAGUGUUUUUGAUAUUCUCAACGGCUCCUGCCUGCCUACCUUACAGUCAGGAUAAUAUUCUUUUGCCCCUGUGAUGGCUUGUUGGUCUCGCUGUUGUUCUUUUUGAGGCUCUAAAAUUAGGUCAUGUGAUGUAUUAGCUAAUUGGUUAGGUAAUUGUUCUUGACUAAGCUAAAGUCUGACUUCGAUCUUGAGAAUAACAGAAAAAGUGGAAAAUAUGAAGCGAAACAAGAGCAGAAGAUAUCUCGAAUACGCCGCAGCAUUGAUAGAUGAAAGUUGCAAGUUCAGUUCUCCCAGCAUGGAUUCAGCUGUCCAGAACCCCAGUCCGGGCGAGAAUCCUGCUAAACAAGACCCUCCUGCCUCUCAGGCGACUGUCGCAGACCAGGCCGGUGAGCAGAAGAUGAACUCCAGCGCAACUGGAAGAGGUGGCCGAAAUAAACAGAAAGAUAUGGGAAGGAAGGCUUACCGGUAGGUAUCCCCUAUCUCAGGAGAGACUUUUGUAUUUCUCUGCAUAAUUCUGCUUGGUCAUGACCAACUAACUAAGUCAGAAAUAAACACAUAGAUAGGCGCGCAGCAAACGACCGGCAGGAGGCCAAGCGGAGGAAGCUUGAGCAGGGAGAGAACCCAAUGCCAAUAUACGCCACUCAAUUCUCUCAGGAGGAUAUUGAUGCCGAUGUGCGGCGGCCAAAAAAGAAGGUUAUUGUCAUGUUGGGCUACUCUGGCACCGGAUACCAUGGAAUGCAACUAUGUCCUACUGAAAAAACGAUUGAAGGAGACUUAUUUGCGGCUUUUGUUGCCGCUAACGCCAUCUCCAAGGCCAACGCCGUGGACCCUAAGAAAUCAUCCUUUGUCCGCUGCGCACGAACAGACAAGGGCGUACAUGCUGCCGGAAACGUGGUCUCUCUCAAGCUCAUCAUUGAAGACCCAGAUAUAGUACAGAAGAUCAAUGAGAAGCUGAGUCCGCAAAUCAGGGUGUGGGGCAUCAUCCCGGCCACUAAGGGAUUCAGUGCCUAUCAGUUCUGUGAUUCCCGGAUGUACGAAUAUUUGAUACCCUCGCAUUGCUUCCUCCCUCCCCAUCCGAGCACUUUCCUGGCCCAGAAAAUGGAUGAAAUGGCGGAGAAGCAUGGUGAUAUGGAGGCUUUCAAGGAGAGACAGGCCGAGGUGGAGUCUUACUGGGAAGAAACAGACAAGAAGCACAUCCAGCCAAUAAUAGAUGCCCUGCCUGAGAAGAUCAAGCCCUACGUUCAAGCUGCAGUUGGCUCCGUUGGCGGUGAAGAAGAGAAGGCAACUCCAGCCAACAACGAGUCUGGAGAAGCCUGUGAAGAGCGAACAGAAAGUGAUACCAAAAAAUCCGACCUUACACCUGACGAACAAGCCCAGGUUAACGUGGCAAUCAAGGACAUCAGAACGGCCUACUUUAAAGCCAAGAAUGAAUACCGUAUACCCCCUGAACGCCUUGCACGCAUCAAUGCCGCAUUAGCCCUCUACGUUGGCACUAAAAAUUUCCACAACUACACCAUCCAAAAGACCUUCCGUGAUCCCUCCGCAAGACGCUUAAUAAAGUCUUUUAAAAUCUCCCGAGACCCCGUGGUCAUUAACGGAACUGAAUGGUUAAGCUUGAAAGUUCAUGGCCAAAGCUUCAUGAUGCAUCAGAUCAGAAAGAUGGUUGCAAUGGUUGCUUUGCUCGUUCGUUGCGGAGCAGAUAUCAAGCGUAUUGAAGAAAGUUAUCAGAACUCCAGAAUACCGAUUCCGAAAGCCCCGGGUCUGGGACUGCUUCUUGAACGACCUAUUUUCGACGGGUAUAAUAAGAAAGCCAAAGACCUCGGUAGAGAGCUGCUAGAUUUUGACAAAUAUGAGAAGGAAAUGGACGAAUUUAAGCUUAAGGAGAUAUACCAGCGUAUAUUCACGGAAGAGGCUGAGAAACAUGCGUAAGUUCCUCCACACUCCGUUUCUCGCGUUGACGACUACUAACAUUUUACUUGCUGCAGUUUUGGAACCUUUUUCAAUCAUAUUGAUAGCUAUAAAGAAAAUACUUUCUUAUAUGUCACUUCAGGUGGCCUAGCUGCCUGCAGCUCGUCUACUACCCAACCCACCGCUGCUCAAGAGAAAGAUGCCAGGAAGGCUGAAAGCAAGGUCCUCGCGGAGGUCGAGUCAGAAUCCGAAGCAGAGCUUGUGGAUAACGGUGAAGAUGGCGGUUAGUAAGUAUGGUAGGAGAGCCCCGUGUUAGUCACUUGCCUGCUGUAUAUAGAUAGCUAUUCAAUAUAGGAGUCAAAUAAAGCCUCGUUCAAAUGACCUUUUUUAUAUUAUUAUCAUUAUAAAGGUCUACUGUAUCAAAUCUCGCGUUACUAUGAAGCUGUAUCUGUGAAAAACGGCUAUGACUGGGACAUCCCAUUUUUUCUAACAGUGAAUACAUAAGAGACAGAGGCAGACUUAGUUUUACUUCGAGCAAAGGAAAAUAGGAAAAAGGGAGAUAUAGGUAAGUAAAAGUGAGCAGAGAAAAAGUAAAUUCCUCAGUGUAGACAUAUAACUUGACCAGUCAAUCAUCAUAUCACAGCUGCGUAUAUUCAUUAAGCGUGUCAUGACGACCCUCCCCGAAAGAUAAAGUAGCAAA